CCCGCAAAGGAGCAGGACUCCGCGGCGCUCGCCCCUCGCCUCACCCCCCCCCCCCCAGCCUCACGGCCGAGCCCGUCCCGGGCCGGCGUGCGUUGGUCACUGAGGUCCAGGCCGUCGUCGUCGUCGCCGCCGCCGCAGCGGCGCGUACUUGAAAUCAUGAAUCCUGUGUAUAGCCCUGGAUCUUCUGGGGUUCCCUAUACAAAUGCCAAAGGAAUUGGUUAUACAGCUGGUUUCCCCAUGGGCUACACAGCAGCAGCUCCUGCCUAUUCUCCCAACAUGUACCCUGGAGCGAAUCCUACCUUCCAGACAGGUUACACUCCCGGCACACCUUACAAAGUGUCCUGUUCCCCUACCAGUGGGGCUGUGCCACCGUACUCUUCCUCCCCCAACCCCUACCAGACGGCUGUGUACCCCGUGCGAAGUGCCUACCCCCAGCAAAGCCCGUAUGCACAGUUGUCUCUCUUCUUCCCACAGCAAGGCACGUACUACACACAGCCACUGUAUGCAGCACCCCCUCACGUCAUCCACCACACCACGGUGGUGCAGCCCAACGGCAUGCCGGCCACAGUGUACCCUGCUCCCAUCCCUCCUCCUAGAGGCAAUGGGGUCACCAUGGGCAUGGUGGCUGGGACCACAAUGGCCAUGUCAGCAGGUACCUUGCUGACUGCUCAUUCCCCAACUCCCGUCGCUCCCCACCCAGUCACUGUACCCACGUACCGGGCCCCAGGAACACCUACCUACAGCUACGUGCCCCCUCAGUGGUGAUCACCCUGCAAACGUUUGAGGAUGGAGCUGUGCAGUCACAUCAUUGGGGUUCCACAGCUGGUGCUGCAGGCCUUGCGCCUCCAACCAGGACUUUCUUCUUAAUGCUCUCGACAUUUAGCUAAACUCGACUACGUCCCGGCCCAGCAGGUCCCAGCGCCGUUAGUCUCCAACUAACUCUGUGGGUUGGUCUUAAAGCAAAUCCUGUUUUGUGGACUGCCUGGCAAUUUUUUAGCUAACUGUAAUGAUAAAAAGGGAGUAUUAAUCUAUUCUGAAUCAUAUCUAGUUGAAUGCAUGUUUAAACAAACACACACAAAAACAAAGCUUGCUCAAUCUACCUGCAGUGACUGAUGCAAAACCAUCAUAUGCAAAAUCCAAAGGAAUGGAAACGUAUUUUACAACUUGUAUCACUAAUGCACUGUUGUAACGUAUGCAGAGUCUUAAAGUUUUAAGUGUUCAAGUGAAUUUCUUCAUAGAGCAUCUGAAAUACCUUAGAUGAUUCUUCAACCUUUUGGGGUUGAUGCGGGCUGCCAGUUAGGGGCGUGGACUUUUAGUUUUCAGCAACUGUUUGGCACUGGCUGUACUUGUGGGAAGGGGUUGCAGGGAGAGGGAAAGAGAAGGGAGGCCGCAGUUGAUUGGGUGCAGCCAGUUUUGGGGCAUCCCUUUCUUUCCAUCUGGGCUUGGUGCAGUCAGUGGGACAGGGACAUGCUUCAGAUAGGCGUGAAAGAGUAGAGCGAUGUGGCCAGUACAGUUAGGGGUGAGGGGGUGGUUUAUGUAUCAGCAAAACAAUUUCCUCUGCUAUCUAAAUUUUCAUUACAGGUCUCUUAGAGAGAAGGAUGGUGUUUUCUAUAUCUGUAUUGGAAAAGUCCUGAGUAGAACUAAUUUUCCUGGGAUGGAAGAUAGGUGGAAGAGAAACAGCCAGGCUUGGAGGGGGUAUUGUUCUCUGCUUUAUUUAGCAUAGAAAAUCAUUCCAUUUUUUUUUUUUUCUGAGAAGUGUUUGAGUCAACUGAAAAUAACAUAGACAUUGCUGUUUUUUCCCCACAAAGAAGGGCAAAGAUUUCAGCUGUCUGUAAUGAAGAAAGUUGUAUAUUUAAGAAUGAUUAAAAGGGAACAAAACUUUAUUUUAAAUUCCUCAUGUUUCUUUCUUGUAGAGAGGCAGGGCCGUGGCUGUGUCUGGAAAUGUUGAAACCUGUAGCUUCUUCUGAGAUGGGCCGCCCGAUGGUCACUUGUCCUUAGACUGGCUGGAGAGGGCGCCUGGCGAUGGGGCAAGGGAGAUGGGAGGGCUGGUGUCUGUCUGUGAGCCUCUUCCACUGUCUGUCUGUACAGCUGAAGGCACUCAGUGCAAGGCAAGUAUGGACAGCAGAAAGGGCCAGGCAUUGCCAGAUGCUUUUCCCUGCUGGCUUGUAUUAUGGCAAGGGUUUUGAGCUUAAGGUCUGAAUAUUGUACAUAAGGACUGAAGAGGGUUUUUUUGUUUUGUUUUGUUUUGUUUUGUUUUGUUUUGUUUUGUUUUUGGCCUGAAUAUGCCCAGUUGGUAUGGAUAGGAGUGGGUAUUUGUUCUCAGUUAAGGGUCGGGGGUAGGGAAUGUGAGGACUUGUUUCCUUUAAAGGGUCUGUCAGGUGGGGUGUACAUCCUUUCCCGACCCUCUUGUUGUGAGUGCUGGGCCUCAGGUGGGUGUGGGUUUUGUGCUUCUGUGUCUGGCAGCCAGGUUGGGCUCUGAUGCAGGGGUCGAGGUCCCCCGCUAGCAUUCAGCCCUUUGGGUGGGUGGGAUGCUGACCACUGAGCCUUCAGUAACCUUAUUUUUUAUAGUAAGUACUCUUCAUAAUUUUCUUUUCCACAUUUUGUUUUAUAAGGAGUUUAGGAAUAUUUUUGCAUGGAUCAUUGUAAACAGAAGAUUGCUUAUUUCUAAUGUCUGUUAACAUAGAAUGUUUACUGAUGAGUACUUUAAAAUUGUUUCAUGAGCACUUAACCCGUGUGUGUGUGUGCGUGUGAGAGUGUGUGCGUGUAUAUGUGUAUGUGUGGAAGACGUUUACCCCAUGCACAGUUUGUCCAUUUCUUUGAGUCUAUGUUGGUGAUUCCGUCUGUAUAGUGGAUGGUUUGCAAUAUCCAUAGAUUCUAAGGGUUCCAAGGCUCAACUGACUAACAGUUUUCCCAGUUGAGUAACAGUAGACAGGAGAAAAUAUUUACAGUCUUAGUGUAUGCUUUUAAAAAGCCCCACACAACAACCAUGGAAGCUCAUGCACACGUACACUCAACUACCUGUUGGACGUUGGUGUGAGAAGUUACAGGAGGUCACUUGGGCCGUAUCUUGAGACUUGCUGAGAUUCGGCUUACCCAGGGUGAGUGUGUCCACCAGCACUGAUUAAAAGGGCCGUUUCAAGGAAGAGCAGAGUAGAUUGUACCACCCUCCUCCCACCCCCAUUUAAAUUGGCUUCAUAAAUAUUUUCUACCUAUAAUGCUUUUUCCCCUCUUGUGAAAUAGAAUCGGGACAGUAUCAGUUUUGCGUUACACAGUAUAUACAUGGAAACCUUGAACCAGAGUCAGCUAAUCAAAUAUGAUGGUGUAAGGUGGGUCCUGUAUUAUCAAGGGAGAAUCUGGACUUCAGAGCAGUACCAAACUGCCACAGUUUGUAGUUUCAUUAGUGUUGAGUCCCAGUAAGAUUUAUUAAGGAAUACAACCUCAGUCAAAAUCCCGUUAUAUAGCUGUAUCAUUUUGCAUUCCAAGCAUACUAUAGGAACUUUUGCUUUUGUGUGACAUCCCUAAUUUGAGACUUUCAGAAGCUGAGACAGGCAGGCAAAGGCCCUAGUUGCCGAGAACAUGAACACCUCUAUGACUGAACAGAGCUUAUUCUCUCUCUCCUGAGGCCCAGGAGGUGUGUUCCUUGUCUGCGGAGCUGCUGCUCCUCAGUGCUUCUAGAGAGCCUGUUUGGAACCAGGCUGGAAGCCAAGCGGUCAGUGUGUAGCAGCUGGCCCCUGGAGGUUGCUGCCUAUGAGAUUCAAGGCCACUGCAGGACCAGGGCCAGCUUUGGUGACAGACACAGAAGUACUGCCAGACUCUUUCUUGUCUCUUACGAGUGUGAUUAUUGGGCCUGCUAGUUGCUCUCUGUGAAACUGUGCUAUGCAAAUGUGGUAUUUACAGGAGCCUGCAGGUCCCUUCCCCAGCUGGGCACCCAGUGCCUUGCUCCAUCUGGCUGCGAUGAAGGUCUGGGAAGUCAUGUGCAUGUGUCUCUUGAGGGAUGUGUCCACAAGAAGAGGAGAGCAGUUUGGAAUGCCCUCAUGUGGGGCAGUGUGUUGUGCCCACAUCAGAUGUUGUGUGAGUGUGCCCAGGAGCUGGUGGUGAAAGGCUGGCACAUACUGGCUGUGCCAAUAUCGGGGCUGCUUUACAAAGGGAGUUCAGGCUUCUCACUGGUCUUUGUUGAACGUGUGAACACAGUGUUACUAUGAACAGUUGGGCCAUCUUCUCCUUGCCCCGCAGCUGAUAGAUGGCCGUUAUUGCCAGCCGGCACUGCCCAGACGGAACAGGAACUCCAGGGCGUGCACUGGCCGGUGGGCAGCAGUGUCUGGUCCUUCUCUCUGGUGCUUCCUGAGGGUUCUGUAAAGAGCAGUGUGGUUGGCCUGGGAGGGGAGGGUGGAGCUUGGCUGUCCUCUAGCCCGUCUUCUGCUGGUGUGUGUUUUCUCUGAGCCGCUUAUUUACCCCCGCCUGAGCUGUCUGAAGGGUGCAGGUUUUCCAGUGCACUGCAGCUGAGGUGGGGGUGUGAUCAUUUCCAGUAGAAAAUGGGAAGUUGAUCUCGCAUGUGUCAGAGGGUUUGUCUCUGUUCCCCACUCCCCACUCAUCUGAAGAACAGACACCCUGAGAGGAUAACUGUACUUUGGUCCACAGGAUAAAUACAGUUCAGUCAUUUGCGCCAGGGAGACAGAGGCCUGUCCUGCCCAGGCUUCGUGACAGGCCAUUCCUCCCCCAGCAGGGCUGCCCCUGGUGCCUCAUGCAUAGGAGUAGGCUCCAGGACAGAGGAGUUGGGCCAGCCGAUUAGUGUUCCUAGAAGUUGACUUGAUGGCCACUGGGACGAAGGCCCCAAGGAGCCCUGUGGGGGUGUGACUGAAUAGGAGUGGUUCCUUUUCUUUUUCUUUUUUUUAAAUGACUUUUAAAUACUGUUUUUUACACCGUUCUCUUGGUACUUUUUUUAAAGCUUCAGUCAGCAUUGUCUUCCAGUGUUAAAGGCAUCCCUCGCCUCUGCAUUGAACUCCAUGUCAGUACAAAGGAGUGGAACACCCAUCCUGAGCCAGUUCCAUUAGGUAUAAAGUCAGACUCUUUUAAUUUUUUAUGCAAUCUGAUGAGUAGAUGAGCUCAGAUUUAAAAUUCUUAAAAGCACGUUUAUUGUAACAAGAAUUGUUAUGUAUUAAUACUGCAGUUUUCAAUAAAGAUUGACUUGUGUUGCA